AUGUGUGAAGCAAGCGCAGAUUACAUCUGUGUGUCUGUGUGUGUGUGUUUUGGAAUAGUUUGGUAAUAUCAGGGACGUUCUGCCCGUGUCAGGACAGGAUUUCUCAGAAGUGUGGCGUAUUGACUUGUUUUGUUCGAUGGACUUUAGAGCCAUAACGGCAGUAAAUGAUUCAUUUGACUUCAUAAUCGAGACUUCAGGUGGUUGACGGUAGUUUCUCACAUCGGUUUGAUGAAGACAGACAUUAAAGCUCCAGACAGUUGUGUACGGGAUCAUAUCUCAGCAUUAAUCUGUCGUCGAGCCGUAUGAUCGAGUAGAGAUGGAGGACAGAAAGUGGGUUUGAGCAGUCCAGAGUUAAUAAAACAACUACAGCAGCCUCACGUCCUAAAACAAGUUCCUGUGUCCACGGGACUUACGACGGUCUUCUGUGGACGAGGACGACAGAAUCAAGAGGCUGCGACUAAAUAGAAAAUCUCUCAGUGAAACUCCACCCACUACAGAACACUGGCCUGUCAUUGGCAGUUUGAGCUAGAGAGAGAGAGAGAGAGAGAGAGAGAAGGCAAAGCGUGUGAGGAGACGAGACGUUAAUGUGACAAGAAUGAGACCUCGCAAGCGGCAGUGUGUCGUGAUCUCAGUGGUUUUGUGUUUACUUCUGUUUGUGAGCUCACUGUGGCUGCCUCAAGAAGUGUUUCUGAGCUGUGAUCAGUCAUGGCGGCCGUGUCUGAGUGUGUAUGCAGCAACCAGAGAGAUCGUUCAUGAUGUGACACCUGCACCAGGAGGCGAUGUCAUCAGAGAGUGUGCUGGACAGAAGUUUCAAGUGUCCCGCCUCCUCCACCGUCUAAACUCCGCCCUUGGCCCCGCCUCUGACGUUCUGUUGGAACCGUACCUGCUCUGCUGGGAGGAGCUGAUCAAGUUUAUGGAGUCUUUAGGUCCGCUGGUGGGUUUCUUCACUCAUAAGGUUGAAGAGAAGAUCAUCCUCCUCCGACACCUCUCGCAGGAAGAAGCUGCUAAACACAGAAGCGUCCCACAUCAGCCUACCCACAAUCCUCAGAGUGCAGGGCCUCACCCCGCCUAUCACUCGGUGCGCUCCAUGCUGGAGGCGGAGCUGCAGAGGGGUGUGGUCUCCUUCGACAGUCAGACGGCCUCCGGGAGCCGGACCCUGCUGCGUCUCCAUCGCUCGUUGCUAUGGUUACAGCUGCUGCUGGAGAAGCUGGGGGCGGAGCCCGAGGGGCGGAGCAUGGGCGAGCUGUGUCGUGAAGCGUACCUGCAGGUGUUAGCGCCGCAUCACCCGUGGCUUCUGCAGAGAGCCGCCGAACUGGUGUUCCGCGCCAUGCCGGAGCGCACCGUCUUCCUGCAGCUCGUGUGUGUGCGCAGACAGGAAGAGGCGGAGCCUGUGAUAAACAUCAUCGUCACAGCCAUCCGAGAAAUUCACCGGCGGACGGAGAGAGAACUGAACAUCAGAAACAUGCUGGAGCUGCCGUAACGCACACGAUCUUCUGGAGACAGUGCAGGAUGGUUGUCAGGGUGUUGUGUUGUGGUUGUCCUAAUGUAUAAAACAUCAUCCGUAAAGUAUCUGUACAUCUAUUACCAAAUGACAAUUUGGUAAUAGAUCCUGAUAUGCGUGUUCACACAUUUCAAUGUGUUUUCAUGUGUGUGUGUGUGUGUGUGUAGAUAUAUGAAUCUGUCUCUCCUUCACAUCUGCACUGUAAGCACUGUAAACCUCAAAGGUUGACCGGUCAAAGGUUGGACACAUUAUUUAUUAUUCAUAUUAAAUAUAAAACCAUUACAACUGUGAAAUAAAAUAUUGAGUAAACUUUUAACUGGUGGUGUG